UGACUGCAGAGGAAGGGGAAAAGGCGGACUAUAAGUCAAUAGAGGAAAUAAGAAGUAAGAACAAGGGUUUAAAGAUGUACUAGCAUUAGGCGAACUGUCGUUAGGACUAAUGGUCAAGGAAAAGAUAUGUAUUGAGUGCUCUUUUAAAGAAUUCAAUGGUAGGUAAGUAACGGAUAUGGAAUGAUAGUUCCACUGUUUUGUUGCACAAUAACUAAAAAUCCUAUGACCAUGUGUUGAUCUGGUGACAGGAAUACUUUGCAUACCGUGGUGAAGGAAAGAGUGGUGUUGUCUGGCGGGGAUACAGGGGAAGAGAAGUUCAGAGAAAUAGGCAUGGCAGGAGCCUGCAAAGAAAUCAAAACACAUCUUAGCUUGUAAUGAUCGCAAGCACAAAUGGUAGCCAAGAGAAUGAAGGGGAGGAACAACAUUGUCCUGUUUCCUAGCCUGACCUGUAGUGGAGUUCUGUACUUUCCGGAUUUUAUAAACAAGACCAGUUGAAGAUGCACGAUGCUUGAUCAGCAUGUCUCAGUCUAUCCAAUUUCCUAAUGCACCAAAGAUGCCACCUCGCCCUUUUGUGAUGUUUAUGAAUGAAAAGCUGUCAAAAAUUCGACAAAAUAAUCCAGGUGCCAGUAUUUCUAAAAUAAGCAAGAUUGCAAGUCAACUGUGGAAGGAGCAAGUCCCAGAAGGGAAAAGUGCAUACAAGUUACUUGCACAUGAAGAAUAUCAGGACUACAAACGGAAGUAUUUGGUUUUUUUAGAUGGACUCAGUGAGCAAGAAAAAGCUCAGCUUCAUGAUGAUGAACGUGCAAAAAUGGAAUUCCAUGAACGAUUGAGAGACAAACAAGAGUUGCGCGAUCUGGGAAAGCCAAAAAAGCCACCAAACGGAUAUAUGGUGUUUGUGAGAUCUUCUCUGCAUGCACGGGGUGGUGUAUCUGUGAAUCAAUUUUGUAAACAUCUUGCAGACCACUGGCGCAAUAUGUCCAAAGAGGAGAAAGAGAUAUAUGAGAAAGAUGCCAGGGUAGAAAGAGAAAAAUACAAGAAGGAAUUAGAAGAAUGGGAGCAGAAAAUGAUAGAAAUUGGACGUGAAGAUCUUGUUCGCAAAUCAUCUCUUGCGAAAGCCAAAAGAACUUUUGCUUCCAAAGUAGCAUAGAAAUCCUCCUCAUCAGGCCCAAUACAGAAGACAGUCUUGGUAUCACCAGCAUCCAGAAGAAAAGUCACAAAGAAGUCACACAUUGUAGGAGAAUAACAGAUUCUUGAAAUGUUCUGAUGCAUUUGUUUUAUGUAUAUGUCCAAUUCUUUUUGUGUAGACCUCUUUGACAAAUGAGACAAAUGAGGUUUUUUUUUCUGAAAUACGUGUUUUCCAGUGAAGGAAUUUUACAAGAGCAUUGAAAUGUGUUUUGCCAAACAUCAUAAAGCUGAAGAGGGAGUAGUUUUAAGUUUGUUAAUGAAGAAUUUCUUUUUACCUUUCUUUUUUAAACAGACAUCAGCUCUGCAAAAAGUUGCAUUUUUGGGGUUUUUUUUUUAAUCAACUGAUCAGAGUAGCUCGUCUAAGUGAAAGGUUUCAGCUGGUUGUAAUCAGUGCUUUCUGGAAAGCAAUAGCUUUAUUUUUUUCCCCCGUGACUUUUUUUGGUGUUAAAGGGUGAAAUGGCAGACAAAAAGAUUUUAAGCUGGCUAAUUUUAUGCUGCAUGAAACUUGAGUGAUUUGUUAGUGCAUGUGUGUGCAUGCAGGUGCAUUUGUAUGCAUGUAUUCAAAAAAGAGAAUGUGAACUGGAUCUUUUUAUAUAAUGAUUGUUGUGCAUCACUGAAAGGUAGAAAUGUGUAUGAAUAAAAUUUGAAAGCAAA